GCGCUCCGACAACGCGGGGCGCCGCCGCGCGGCAGCGGAAACGACGAGCAGCGCCGCGUGCACGUCGGCGGGCAGGGCGGCGGCCGAGGCGCGGGAAAGAGCGGGAGCGGUGCGGCAGGUGCGGCUCCUUGGCCUUCCCGCUUACGGUGACCGGAAGGUGCGAGGUCUAGCCGCGGUCAGAACAGAGGACUUGCAAUGUGAGCUUCGAGGCACUCCCGAAACACGGAGCUGCCCAAAGGGCUGCGCUGCUGAACGAGCUGCUUGUUCCCUGGCUCCAUUUACCUCUGCCGCCAUCUAACGGAUCACUCACAGGCGAUCCACAGCGUGAGUGCCAUAGGCGUUCACAGGCGAUGUGCCUACCUGAGGUCCAGCACAGCCAGCUGGCAGUGCAACAGCUGUGCUGGUUCCAGCAGAGCCUUUAGUGCCAGCUCAGAGCUUGCUGGCCCCAGCACCACUCGCCAGGCAGCAUCAGCACCCUCUACUGGCUUUCCAGUACUUCAGGAGAGCAGUCAUUCCAGCUCCCCAUGGCCUACGUGAGUGCAAGCUGGCUCCAGGCUGCAGCAUCACUGCCCAAACUCCCUACGAUUGGCCCAGAAAACGCUGCAUGACCAGCCAUGCAGCAUCCCCGAAUGAUGUCCCUGACACCUCUCACAACAACAGUAAAGUUGGUUGCUUAUCUCUGCACUGGGAGGUUAAUUUUUAAGCUGCCUUCUCGCCCUUUCCGGGGUGGGACAGCGUCAUGGGCUGGGCCCAAAGUGUCCUCUUCUCCCCGGGGACUGAAACACCUUCAGCACACGUCUGUCCUUGCUGGCUACACAGCACCAUGGGCGAGUGCUUCAAGCCUCGCUGGCUCCGCAGCCUCGGAAGUUCACAGCCAGCCCCGGACCGAAACUCCCUGUCGCUGUCCCGGCCCGGCCUAAACGCGAAGCGGGUUCUGCCUCGUGGUCCACCCAGCGUCUCCGGCGUCUCCCGGCAACGCAGGCCACGCCCUCCCGCCCGGCAUGGCCCUCGCGGCUCGCCGUAGCGCGGCGGUGGUGGCGGCGCGGCCGGGCUGGUGGUGCAUCAACCUCCAAGGAAGGGAGACAUUUAAAGGCAGCAUCCCUCUCCAGAAGCUUUUGUUCUAGGCAUCUGCCCAUCUUAUGUGCACUCUGGAAGUGGCAGCUGUGAAGAAUGACAUCAAGAGGUGCUGGGACUGCUUUCUCGAGGAAGAACUACAGGCUGAGCACUGAGCCAGAGAAGUCCAAGGUCACAGGGAUUGUGAACAGCAGGCUGCUGAAUGAUUACCUGCAUCGUGUCUUUACCAGUGCUGAUGGGAACCAGCCUGCAGCUGCUUACAGAAAGCAUCUGACCUUCCAGAACCUGCAGGAGCACCUUGACCGGUUGCUAGCAGAAGAGAAUGGCUCUGAAGAGAGUCGAGAUCAGGAAGCAGAGGGUCGGCUUGGCCCCUCUACUGUGGUGCUGGAUCACACAAGUGGGUUUGAGGGGCUCCUGCUGGUUGAUGAUGACUUACUUGAGGUGAUUGGCCACAGUAAUUUUGGGUCCAUCAGGGCAACAACGUGUGUGUAUAAAGGGAAAUGGAUUUACGAGGUGCUCAUCUCCUCCCAGGGACUCAUGCAGAUUGGCUGGUGUACUCUCAACUGCAGGUUUAAUCAGGAGGAAGGAGUUGGAGAUACACCAGAUUCAUACGCGUAUGAUGGCAACAGGGUGCGCAAAUGGAACGUGACUACUACCAACUAUGGCAAAUCCUGGGCAGCAGGAGACAUCGUCAGCUGUCUGAUAGACCUUGAUGAGGGCACCAUUGCUUUCUGCUUGAAUGGCAUAUCUCUGGGAACAGCUUUUGAUAACAUCACCAGAGGUGCUGGAAUGGCUUACUUCCCUGCUAUCAGCCUCUCCUUCAAAGAGUCUGUUGCUUUCAACUUUGGAAGCCGACCACUCCGUUAUCCGGUGGAAGGUUACCGUCCCUUGCAAGAUCCUCCAGUUGCAGACCUAGUGAAGGCCCGCAAGCUGCUAGGCUACUUGAAGAAUGUGAUCCACGUUGGGAUAGAUGUGACGGAGGGGAAGCUGGUGGAGAAGGACACAUCCAUGUGGCAGCUGCAGGGAGAACCCACAGUGCUGAUUACAUUAGCUCACAUCUUCAACUAUUUCUCCCCACUUAUGUGCAAAGUGUACCUGGUAGAAGAUGUGCUCAUGACCUUCCUGUUGAGCAUCCUUGAGCGUGGAGGGGCUGUGGAGGCUCACCCCCUUAUUCAGCAGCUACUGGAUCUCAUGUGGCUUCUUAUGGAGGAGUAUGAAGUGCAUGAGUGCCUCAAGCAGCUACUGAUGUCCCUGUUGCGGGCUUACAGGUUCUCCCCGAUCAUCCCAGACCUGGGAUUGCAGAUUCACUACCUCCGGCUCACCAUUGCAGUCCUGAAGCAUGAGAAAUCCAGGAAGUACCUACUCAGCAAUGUUCUCUUCGAUGUGCUUCGUUCGGUUGUGUUCUUCUACAUCAAGAGCCCUCUGCGUGUGGAGGAGGCUGGUUUGCAGGAGCUCAUUCCCACCACUUGGUGGCCAAACCGCUUCACCAAAGAGCAGGGCAAGGAGAGUAAGGAUGUGAAGGAGGAGAGUGCUGAGGAGAGGCUGAGGCGACGGGCAUACGAACGAGGCUGCCAGCGGCUCAAGAAACGCAUCGAAGUGGUGGAGGGUCUCCAGGUUCAGAUUCUGAAGCUGCUGCUGAACAACAAGGACAGAGGCGGGGGAGAAGCCUCCAGAUACAUCUUCCUAAACAAAUUCCGCAAGUUCCUUCAGGAAAACGCUAGCAAUAGAGGGAACUUGACUGUGUUGUGCCCACCAGAGUACAUGGUAUGCUUCCUGCAUCGACUUAUUGCUGCUCUGCGUUUCUUCUGGGAUGGUCACAAGGCAAAGACCCCUGCCGCACUGAGCAGUGAAGAGGCAUAUGUUCCUCCUCAACUCUUCUAUAAUGGGAAGGUGGAUUAUUUUGACCUUCAGCGACUUGGAGGUCUCCUGUCUCAUCUUAAGAAGACUCUGAAAGAUGACCUGGCUGCAAAAGCCAAUGUCCUGAUUGACCCUGCAGAGUUGCAGGCAGUGACUAUGGAUGACCUUGAUGAAGAUGAGGAAUCGGCAACAUCAGCAGCACAGUCUCAGCGUCCCUCUGCUGCCCUGGCCAUCGGUGGAGCUCUCGCCAGACCUGGCUGGCUCAGCUCCCCCACCCUGGGCCGUGCCAACCGCUUCCUCAGCACGGCGGCCGUCAGCCUGAUGAACCCACGGCGGCCGCUUGGCAGCCUGGAGAAGAUCAAAGUGCGCACGCUGAGUGUGGAGCAGCGGACUGAGGAGGACAUUGAAGGCAGCCAUGGAAAUGAGGGACUCUUACUGGGCAGACCCCCAGAGGAGCCAGACCAGCCCAUCACAGAGAACUCCCUUCUGGAAGUCCUGGAUGGGAUAGUGAUGAUGUACAACCUCAGUGUCCACCAGCAACUUGGGAAGAUGGUUGGUGUGUCGGAUGAUGUGAAUGAAUAUGCCAUGGCACUGAAAGACACAGAGGAAAAAAUCAGCCGCUGCCCGAAGAGGAGGAGAGACAUCCAUGAGGAACUGCUGAAGAGCCAAAAGGUCUUCUCUGAGAAGCUGAACCACCUAAGCCGACGCCUCGCUUGGAUAAAUGUCACCAUUUAUUCAAAGGAGAAGAUGCAGGAUAUAUAUUGGCUGCUGCGAGUGUGCAUCCGCACCAUCGAGCAUGGCGACAGGACAGGCUCCCUGUUUGCUUUCAUGCCAGAGUUCUACCUCAGCGUUGCUAUGAACAGCUACAGUGCACUCAAGAACUACUUCAGCCCUGUAAACAGCAUGGAGGAACUUCCAGGCUAUGAAGAGACUCUGAUGCGCCUCGCUGCCAUCCUGGCCAAGCAUUUUGCUGACUCGAGGAUUGUGGGCACAGACAUUCGGGACUCCCUGAUGCAGGCGUUGGCCAGCUACGUCUGCUACCCGCACUCGCUGCGUGCUGUUGAGAGGAUCUCAGAAGAGCAGCGGAUCUCUAUGAUGAAGAACCUCCUGGCUCCCUAUGAGCAGCGACCGUGGGCACAGACCAACUGGAUCCUCGUCAGGCUUUGGCGGGGCUGUGGCUUUGGGUAUAGAUACACACGGCUCCCACACCUGCUGAAAACCAAGCCUGAGGAUGCCAGCCUCCCCAGCCUGCAGAAGCCGUGUCCCUCCACCUUGCUGCAGCGGCACAUGGCAGACCUGCUCCGCAGCGAUCGCGACCUGGCCCCCAGCUUCCUCAACAGUGUCCUCAACCAGCUAAACUGGGCUUUCUCUGAGUUCAUUGGCAUGAUUCAGGAGAUCCAGCAGGCAGCAGAGCGCUUGGAAAGGAACUUCGUGGACAGCCGCCAGCUGAAAGUGUGCGCCACCUGCUUUGACCUGUCGGUGAGCUUGCUCAGGGUGCUGGAGAUGACAGUCACGCUGGCACCAGAGAUCUUUCUCGACUGGAACCGCCCAUCCUCAGAGCUGCUGCUUCGGAGGCUGGCCCAGCUCUUGAACCAGGUGCUGAACCGGGUGACAGCCGAAAGGAACUUGUUUGACAGAGUGGUCAGCCUCCGUCUGCCAGGGCUGGACAGCGUGGACCAUUACCCAAUUCUUGUGGCUGUGACAGGCAUCCUGGUCCGGCUGCUCGUGGACACUGAUGUUCAGGGGCUCAAGGAAGACCACGUGCUUGUUGGCACUGACCUUGCGGUUUGGGCCAUCGGUGGCAGGGGGAGUGGUGCUGAGGAUGGAGGACUGGGCGCUGCACUCCUGCGGAGGGCUGAGAGGAGCUGCCUUCUUGCAGCAGCUCAGGCAGCGGCAGGGGGUGAGGUACAAGUAGAUGAUCACGAGCACCAGGCUCACGAUGCACCCCAGUAGUGUCGUGAGGCCGGUGCUGAAGGUCUCCCCGCCUGGCUUGGGGUAGUGAACUGUCACAUUGAAUUCACACAGCCUGCUGAAAUUGCGGGGGUUGUUGAUGGCCAAGCCUACAUAGACCCCCGAGUGCCAGGGCUUGGCUGCUGCGAUCUUUAGGCUGCCGUUGUGGUAAACCUCCAAGGAGCGGUUGCUAUUCCCUGGGUGUUUGAUGGGCUCAUGUUGAGGAGAGAUCCACAUGUAGGUGGUGGCUGAGGCUGGCAGGCUGGUGUUGCAGGCAAGCAAUGGGGUCUGGUCCACCAUCACAGGGAAGGGCACAGGGUGCAUGUCUUCAGGGCCUGCCGAGCAGUUCUCAAACAUAUGGCUGUAUUUGAGGAAUUUGAUCAAGGACCGGGGCACGUUGUCAGACACCUUGCAGGUAUGUUCCUCAAAGAAAUCCUUCACAGAGCUGAAACCUCGCUGCUUCCAGCGCUGGAGCAUCAGGUAGAGCGGGCAGCUGCACCUCACAGGGUUAUUGUGCAGGUACAAGCCGUUCCUGAUGUUUUCAGGCAGAGCUGCCAGCUCCUCCACGGGGAUGCUGCUCAGGUUGUUGGAGGAGAGGUCCAGCGUGCGGAGGCUGUAGUUUCCCAGCCCUUGAACUGAGUGGAAGGGGAAGGUGGUCAGGUUGUUCCAGCUCAGGUAAACCUUCCGCAGGCCGCUCAGCUUGGUGAAGGCAUUUUCAUCCACUCGUGUAAUGUGGUUGUUGUAGAGCAGCAGCUCCUCCAAGCUCACCAGCGCAUCAAAGUAGUGUGUCUCAACAGCGUGUAGGUGGUUGGAGGACAUAUCGAGGUGCCUCAGGUAGGAAGCAUUGUGGAAAGCCUGUGGAGAAAGGUCCUUAAUCUGGUUGUGGCUGAUGUGGAGGGCCUCGAGGUGCGGGAGGGCAGCCAGCCAGUGGUCGUGGAGCUGGGUGAGGGCGUUGUGGCUGAGGUCCAGCGUGGUUGCAGUGGGUGGCAGCGCCCGGGGCACACGCUGCAGUGUCUGCCGGCUGCAGCUCAGCAGGUCGGAGGUGCAGAUGCAGGCGAUGGGGCAGCUGCGGGGCAGUGGGGAAGUGUGGGGAGCAUGGCCGUGGGCACACAGCUGGAACAGCAGCAGCACCACCAGCUUUGCCACCUGAGACCAGAGCAGAGCUGUGGAUGCCUGCAGGGACAUUGUGCCGGGCAGAUGCCUCUUGUGCAGCUCAGGAGCACGGCCCAGCUCGACAAAAUGUGAGAGAAAGCGUGCUGCGGUCCUUCCCUCUAUCCCCCUGUGCUGCCUUGGUAGAAGAAUCCUACCAAGCAUCCACAGAUGCAGAGCAGGAUCCCGAUUCCAGCCGUGGGGCUUGAAAAGAGUUCAAGGGCAGCAUCACCCUGCCCAGCACUGCCGUAUCUCACCGCGGCGGCCCGUACCUGUGCUCUGCUCUGGCUGGUCGUGGGCUGCCCAGCACUCGGCUGCCGUGGGGUGGGAACUGGCGUCUGCCGUCAGGGGUCUGAGGCACUCCAGCGUUCCGGGGCUGUGCUGCGUGCUCGGCGAACGCCUUGCACUCUCCCGCUGCCACUGGUCCCUGGAGCACGAAGUUUCUCACGGCUCAGCAUCCCCAUGCUUCGGUUGCUGGUGACCACCAUUCGGUUCCCUCCCGGCCGGCAGCAUCUCCCCAGGGCCGGAGCUCGCUGCGGGAGCGCGGUCUCUGUCUUGCCCCUAUUUAUGACCGUACCGUCAGUGCACAGCCUGUGGGCCGGGCAGGAUCCCAUUGGUCCUGGCGUGGGGAGUGGUGGCCGCGGUGGUGGCUGUGGCCGUGGUUGUCCUGUUAGUGGGCAGGGCGAUGCAUAGCCGGCACCAGCUCUGCGUGGUGGCUUUUCCCCAGGGAUACUCAGAACCACUUCACCAACCCUCCGACCUUACCGGUGUGCAGCCGCUGUCCCUCCCGCUGGAGAGGCGCAGCCUGGAGCCGCUGGAGUCUGUUAAGCGACGAAGCAGAGCGGUGCUGGCUGCUCCACCACUGCUCAGCAGGAUGCUGGAAUAAACCCGCCCCAGCUGGAGCCCAUCGUGU